AACUGUAAAAGCCGUCUGCGGCGUUGCAUUCAUCGUUGCAGUUAAAUUAUUGAUUUCUCUACUUACCUAUUGGAAUAAAGAACACCCAAUUAUUCUAUAUCACAAUGGGAGACUCCCUUGACGGGAGUGAAAAUGCCCCAGAGGCUCAAAAUGUAGUCGUAGUAGACUUUCAAGACUUUGCAAAUUAUCUUCGUCGAGCUGCAACGGUACUUUUACCGGAGGACGAUAUCGUGCCACCGGCAUUGAACGCUGCACUUGAUGAUAAAGUCAACCAAGAUUGCAUUAGAAAAUUCAUAUCGGAUUCUCAAGUCUCGUCACUUUACGUGCAGAGGUUUUCGCUAAAAGAAGAUGACAGUGAGCAGCCAACUGAAGGAGAAGAGGAGAAGGAAGCAGUAUCAUAUCAAAUCAGCACUGAGGUACAUUUCACAUCACCAAGAGUGGCUGCGUUUGUGUGCAUCAAGCGAGGACAGGUGAUUGAAGCUGACAAGUCCAUCCACAGCCAGCUGCGUCUCAUCAACCUGUCCGAUGGCUCACCAUAUGAAACACUCCAUGCUUUUAUCAGCAAAACCAUGGCACCAUUCUUCAAGAGUUAUGUCAAGGAAAGUGGGAGAGCAGACAGAGAUGGAGACAAGAUGGCACCAUCAGUUGAGAAGAAAAUAGCCGAGUUGGAAAUGGGGCUCUUGCACCUUCAACAGAAUAUCGACAUUCCAGAAAUUACCUUGCCUGUCCAUCCAUUGGUUGCUGCAGUUAUAAAAAGAGCUGCUGAUGAAGGUCGCAAACCUAGAGUAGCUGAUUUUGGUGAUAAAGUGGAAGAUUCAACAUUCCUCAAUCAACUACAAAAUGGAGUCAAUCGUUGGAUCAAAGAAAUUCAAAAGGUAACCAAAUUGGACCGUGACCCAUCCAACGGUACAGCAUUACAAGAGAUCUCAUUCUGGCUCAACUUGGAAAGAGCCCUUCAUCGCAUUCAGGAGAAACGUGAAAGCAUUGAAGUGGCUUUGACACUUGAUAUACUGAAGUACGGCAAGCGUUUCCAUGCCACGGUAUCAUUUGAUACGGACACAGGUCUCAAACAGGCUCUUGCUACAGUCUCUGACUACAAUCCUCUUAUGAAAGACUUUCCUAUCAAUGAUUUAUUGAGUGCUACAGAACUUGAAAGGAUUAGAUUGGCAGUUCAGCAAAUAUUUUCUCAUUUGCGUAAGAUCCGUUCUACAAAGUAUCCCAUCCAACGCGGCUUACGACUCGUCGAAGCUAUAUCGCGUGAUUUGGGCCAACAACUUCUCAAGGUUCUUGGCACUCGCCGACUGAUGCAUAUUCCCUUUGAAGAUUUUGAAAAAGUGAUGACGCAGUGUUUCGAAGUAUUUUCUUGUUGGGAUGAUGAGUACGAGAAACUUCAAGGUUUAUUGAGGGAUAUAGUGAAAAAGAAGCGAGAUGAACAUCUUAAAAUGGUGUGGCGUGUGUCUCCUUCGCACAAGAGGCUCCAAGCGCGGAUGGAACAUAUGCGUCGAUUCCGCAGGCAUCAUGAACAACUACGCACUGUGAUGUUGAGGGUAUUGCGUCCCCGCGCAACUCCCGCAGCUGAAACUGGCGGUAGCGGCGAGCCGGCACAACCACACUCUUUGCCCAUGGAUGCCGCUGAUGCUAACGCCAUCGCUGAGGUAAAUCUUGCGUACGAAAAUGUCAAAGAAGUGGACUGCCUGGAUAUUUCUCGUGAAGGCUGCGACGCUUGGGAAGCGGCUGUACGACGAUAUGAAGAUAGGAUCGACCGCGUAGAAACACGCAUAACAGCACACCUUCGCGACCAGCUCGGUACAGCUAAGAACGCGAACGAAAUGUUCCGCAUCUUCUCCCGGUUCAAUGCGUUGUUCGUGCGCCCGCACAUACGCGGUGCGAUACGCGAGUACCAGACGCAGUUGAUACAGCGUGUUAAAGAUGAUAUUGAAGCGCUGCAUGAGAAGUUUAAGGUUCAAUACCCACAAUCGAAAUGUUCUCGCUUAUCCCUGGUUCGAGACUUGCCGCCAGUUGCUGGUUCUAUUAUCUGGGCGAAACAAAUCGAUCACCAACUUACCGCUUACCUGAAGCGAGUGGAAGAUGUACUUGGUAAGGGUUGGGAAAACCACAUCGAAGGUCAAAAGCUAAAAGCCGACGGUGACAGUUUCCGUUUGAAGCUCGACACACAAGAAGUGUUUGAUGAUUGGGCUCGAAAGGUGCAACAACGGAACCUUGGAGUCUCUGGACGUAUCUUCGCCAUAGAGUCAGUUCGCGCUCGCUCAAGCAAAACUGGCACUAUAUUGAAACUUAAAGUGAACUUCCUACCUGAGAUUAUUACUCUGUAUAAAGAAGUCCGUAAUUUGAAGAACUUAGGUUUCAGAGUACCUUUAGCGAUUGUUAACAAAGCCCAUCAAGCCAAUCAACUGUAUCCCUUCGCUAUUUCGCUCAUUGAAAGUGUGCGCACUUACGAACGCACGUUGGAAAAGCUAAAUAAUAGGAAUCAUACAAAGAUCCGUGACAAGGCGUCCAUCAUACCUUUAGUAGCUGGUCUCCGUCGUGAUGUGUUGCACCAAGUGUCUGAAGGAAUGGCGCUCGUUUGGGAGUCCUACAAGCUCGAUCCAUACGUCCAGAAAUUGAGCGAAGUCGUGCUCCUCUUCCAAGAAAAGGUUGAAGAUCUACUGGCUGUCGAAGAACAAAUUUCCGUAGAUGUGCGUUCGUUGGAGACGUGCCCGUACUCCGCACAGAGCCUGGCUGAUAUUUUGAUCCGUUUGCAAAGAGCCAUUGAUGAACUCUCCCUCAGGCAGUACAGCAACCUGCAUUUGUGGGUCCAGCGUCUUGAUGAAGAGGUUGAGAAAAGCUUGGCAGCUCGUCUGCAAGCCGGUGUGGAAGCAUGGACUGGAGCUCUACUCGGAAAAACAAAUGAAAUGGACCUCUCUAUGGAUACUUAUUCACCAGCUGAACCUACUCACAAGCCUGGCGGUGAGCCGCAGAUCGCUCGCGUAGUACACGAGGUGCGCAUAACAAACCAGCAAAUGUACUUGUUCCCCUCGCUGGAGGAAGCGCGUUUCCAACUGAUGAGGCAGAUGUUCGCCUGGCAGGCCAUUGUUACUAGCCAGCAUCGCUUGCAGAGCACAAGAUACCAAGUGGGCGUGGCUCCGGCCCAAACAGCCACGUAUAGGAAUCUGCUGACAAAAUUGCCAGGAGGUUCUUCGCCGCUAGAGAACGCAUACGGCGCUAUUGAGCAGAAGAUAUCGCAAGUGAGGGAAUACGUCGACGAGUGGCUGCGCUACCAAGCACUAUGGGAUCUUCAACCUGAAAGCUUGUAUGGCCGUCUCGGCGAAGACAUUACAUUGUGGAUCAAAUGUCUUAAUGACAUCAAGAAAUCUCGUACAACAUUCGACACGUCAGAUACUCGUCGUGAAUAUGGUCCCGUAGUUAUCGACUUCGCUCGUGUGCAAAGUAAAGUGGCGCUUAAGUAUGACGCCUGGCACAAGGAGGUGCUUGGCAAGUUUGGAGCUUUGUUGGGAGGUGAAAUGGUGCAAUUCCAUGGAAGAUUGGCUAAAUCUAGGGGACAACUUGAACAGCAAACUAUAGAAGCCGCAUCUACUAGCGACGCUGUAUCGCUCAUCACGUACGUGCAACAACUGAAGCGAGAGGUAUUGGCUUGGGAGAAACAAGUCGACAUUUAUAGAGAAGCCCAGCGUAUUCUUGAGAGACAAAGAUUCCAAUUCCCAACAAAUUGGCUGCAUGUGGAUAACAUUGAAGGAGAAUGGAGUGCUUUCAACGAAAUAAUGAGAAGGAAGGAUUCGUCUAUCCAGACCCAAGUGGCGUCACUCCAACAAAAGAUCGUCGCCGAAGACAAAGCGGUAGAAGCACGUACAGUGGAGUUCCUCACAGAGUGGGAGCGCAGUAAGCCCACGGAUGGUUCCACUAGACCUGAAGAUGCACUAACAAGGUUGAAUGCUAUGGAGACGAGAUACACCCGCCUUAAAGAUGAGAGAGACAAUGUGGCUAAGGCUAAAGAGGCUCUGGAGCUGCAUGAUACGGGUAGCUCAGUUAACAACGAGCGUAUGAAUGUUGCUUUGGAAGAACUUCAAGAUUUGCGUGGCGUGUGGUCUUCACUAAGCAAGAUCUGGACUCAGAUUGACGAUAUCCGUGAUAAGCCUUGGCUCUCAGUACAACCAAGAAAACUCAGACAACAAUUGGAAGCUAUGUUGAACGAGUUGAAAGAACUGCCCGCUCGUCUUCGUAUGUACGACAGCUACGAGUACGUGCGCAAACUAUUGCAAUCGUACACUAAGGUUAAUAUGUUGAUUGUGGAGCUGAAAUCUGAUGCGUUGAAGGAGCGGCACUGGCGCCAACUUUGCCGUGCGCUUAAGGUGGAAUGGGCAUUAUCUGAGCUGACGCUGGGACAAGUGUGGGAUGCUGACCUGUUACACAAUGAGCACACCGUGCGAGAUGUUGUUUCCGUCGCACAGGGAGAAAUGGCGCUUGAAGAGUUCUUGAAACAGGUCCGAGAAUCUUGGCAGAGCUAUGAACUAGACUUGAUCAACUACCAAAAUAAGUGCAAGAUUAUACGCGGCUGGGAUGAUCUCUUCAAUAAAGUCAAGGAACAUAUUAACAGCGUUGCUGCUAUGAAGCUCUCGCCGUAUUAUAAGGUAUUCGAAGAAGAAGCACUUACCUGGGAAGAGAAACUUAACCGCAUCAACGCUCUGUUCGACGUGUGGAUCGAUGUACAGCGUCGCUGGGUGUACUUGGAGGGAAUUUUCAGCGGCUCUGCCGAUAUUAAAACUCUGCUGCCUGUUGAAACUAGUCGCUUCCAGAGUAUUAGCUCGGAGUUCCUGGGUCUGAUGAAGAAGGUUAGCAAAUCUCCCAUGGUUAUGGAUGUCUUGAACAUUCCCGGAGUGCAACGCUCCCUGGAGCGUCUCGCAGAUUUACUGGGAAAGAUACAGAAAGCGCUUGGAGAAUACUUGGAGAGAGAAAGAAGCAGCUUCCCUAGGUUCUACUUCGUGGGAGAUGAAGAUCUACUGGAAAUUAUUGGUAACAGCAAGAACAUUGCUCGCCUUCAAAAGCACUUCAAGAAAAUGUUUGCGGGUGUCGCCGCUAUUAUUCUAAACGAAGAUAACACCAUUAUUAAUGGUAUCGCUUCACGUGAGGGAGAGGAGGUAUAUUUCACAUCUCCGGUAUCUACAAUAGAAAACCCCAAGAUCAAUUCAUGGCUCUCGAUGGUGGAGCGCGAAAUGCGCGUCACAUUAGCUUGCCGGCUCAAAGACGCUGUAGGUGACGUCAAACAGUUCAAAGACGGCAAUGUGGACCCGCAGAAGUUUAUCGAGUGGUGCGAUAAAUAUCAGGCUCAAAUAGUGGUGCUAGCAGUUCAAAUCCUCUGGUCGGAAGAUGUGGACGCAGCCUUAACUGGCGGCGGUGGAGAUGGACUCAAACGCGUGUUGGCUCAUGUUGAGAACAUGCUUAAUAUUCUAGCCGAUUCUGUGCUGCAAGAACAACCCGCUCUUAGGAGAAGGAAACUGGAACAUUUGAUCAACGAGUUCGUACACAAGCGUACAGUAACCCGUCGCCUGAUCGCGUCUGACGUCACCAGCCCGCGCUCAUUCGAAUGGCUGUGUGAGAUGCGCUUCUACUUCGAUCCUAGGAACAAUGAUGUACUACAACAGCUUACGAUCCACAUGGCUAACGCAAAAUUCCUGUACGGUUUCGAGUACCUCGGUGUGCAAGACCGUUUGGUCCAAACUCCGCUCACAGAUAGAUGUUACUUGACUAUGACGCAGGCUCUUGAAGCUAGACUCGGUGGUUCACCGUUCGGUCCCGCUGGUACGGGUAAAACGGAGUCGGUAAAAGCUUUGGGUAACCAACUGGGUCGCUUUGUGCUGGUGUUCAACUGCGACGAAACGUUCGACUUCCAAGCUAUGGGUAGAAUUUUCGUCGGUCUCUGUCAAGUCGGUGCUUGGGGUUGCUUCGACGAGUUCAAUCGUCUAGAAGAGAGAAUGUUGUCUGCUGUGUCGCAACAAGUGCAGACUAUUCAGGAGGCACUGAAGAGUCACCAAGAGGGAGACAACACAACAAAAUCAAUCACAGUGGAACUUGUCGGCAAACAAGUGCGCGUGAGCCAAGACAUGGCGAUAUUCAUCACCAUGAACCCUGGCUACGCGGGUCGUUCCAACUUACCCGAUAACCUCAAGAAGCUGUUCCGCAGUCUCGCCAUGACCACGCCCGAUAGGCAGCUGAUCGCCGAAGUGAUGCUGUUCAGCCAAGGUUUCCGCACUGCGGAGAAGCUGGCCUGCAAGAUUGUGCCGUUCUUCAAGUUGUGCGACGAGCAAUUGUCCAAUCAAUCUCACUACGACUUCGGUUUGCGUGCACUCAAAUCUGUACUCGUGUCCGCCGGUAACGUGAAACGUGAUCGUAUUCAGAAAAUCAAGGAGAAUCUAAGAGAACGCGGAACUGAAGUACCAGACGAAGCGUCCAUCGCAGAAUCUUUGCCGGAACAAGACAUUCUGAUCCAGUCAGUGUGCGAAACAAUGGUGCCGAAGUUGGUGGCUGAAGAUAUACCACUGCUGUUCUCUCUGCUUAAUGAUGUGUUCCCUAAUGUUGGAUAUACUCGAGCUGAAAUGACCGGUCUUAAAAAUGAAAUUCGUGCCGUAUGCGCUGAAGAAUUCCUUGUCUGUGGUGAGGGAGAUGAACAAGGAACAACAUGGAUGGAGAAGGUUCUUCAACUGUACCAAAUCUGCAAACUCAAUCAUGGUCUGAUGAUGGUCGGACCAUCAGGAAGCGGAAAAUCUACAGCAUGGCGUGUAUUGUUGAAAGCUUUAGAACGGUUUGAAGGUGUGGAGGGUGUAGCUCAUGUUAUCGAUCCUAAAGCGAUGUCAAAGGAAACGCUGUAUGGUGUUCUGGAUCCGAACACUCGUGAAUGGACUGACGGAUUAUUCACUCAUAUACUCAGAAAAAUUAUCGACAACGUGCGAGGUGAAAUAAACAAACGCCAAUGGAUCAUAUUUGACGGAGAUGUAGACCCUGAGUGGGUAGAAAAUCUUAACUCCGUAUUAGAUGACAAUAAACUGCUAACACUACCUAAUGGUGAACGUUUGUCUUUACCGCCCAAUGUGCGCGUCAUGUUUGAGGUCCAAGAUCUGAAGUACGCUACCCUUGCCACAGUAUCACGUUGUGGUAUGGUCUGGUUCUCGCAGGAUGUCCUCACUACGGAAAUGAUCUUUGAGAACUACCUCCUUAGAUUGAGAAAUAUUCCAUUGGAAGAUGGAGAAGAGGACUCAUUCAGUAUCGUAAUGGCAGCACCAUCAUCUGGCGGUGAUCAGAAUGCUACCGAAAACAUUUUGUCACCAGCUUUACAGACGCAACGCGAUGUAGCAGCAAUCCUUCAACCACUGUUCUACGGCGAUGGCCUCGUGGUCAAGUGUCUCGAACGCGCGGUAUCGCUCGAUCACAUCAUGGACUUCACCAGACAUCGCGCUUUGUCGUCAUUGCAUUCUAUGCUUAAUCGUGGAGUCAGAAACAUUCUAGCAUACAAUCGCCAACACCCAGACUUCCCCAUAACAAACGACCAACUGGAAGCCUAUGUUCCGAAAUGGCUUGUAUAUUCUUUGCUAUGGUCCUUCGCCGGAGAUGCCAAACUUAAAGACCGAAAUGAAUUGGGAGAUUUCAUUCGAUCUGCCAGCACUAUGUUGCUACCGAACUGUGGUGCCAAUCAGCAUAUUAUUGACUUCGAGGUCUCGAUAACCGGCGAAUGGGUACCGUGGUCAGCGAAGGUACCGCAAAUAGAGGUGGAGACGCACAAAGUGGCCGCACCCGACGUUGUCGUGCCCACACUCGAUACUGUGCGACACGAGUCGCUGCUGUACACCUGGUUGGCUGAACAUAAACCGCUUGUACUUUGCGGUCCACCCGGGUCGGGUAAGACAAUGACACUAUUCUCGGCUCUCCGUGCCCUUCCCGAUAUGGAAGUGGUCGGUCUCAACUUCUCUUCGGCCACCACUCCAGAACUGCUGCUCAAGACCUUUGAUCAUUACUGCGAGUACAGGAAGACUCCUAAUGGUGUUGUACUAGCGCCAGUACAGCUGGGCAAAUGGUUGGUACUCUUCUGUGACGAAAUCAACUUGCCUGAUAUGGAUCAAUAUGGAACUCAACGUGUCAUUUCGUUCUUGAGACAACUGCUGGAACACAAAGGAUUUUAUAGAGCCAGUGACCACUCGUGGGUACACUUGGAACGUAUUCAGUUUGUUGGCGCGUGUAACCCGCCGACCGACCCUGGACGUAAACCGCUCUCUCAUCGUCUGUUGCGACAUGUGCCUGUUAUUUAUGUCGACUAUCCUGGAGAAACUUCUCUUGAACAGAUUUACGGCACAUUCACGCGUGCAAUGCUGCGUAUGCAACCCGCACUACGCGGUUACGCGGAGCCGCUCACGCAAGCGAUGGUGAAGCUAUACCUCGCGUCGCAGGAACGCUUCACGCAAGACAUGCAGCCGCACUACGUGUACUCGCCUAGAGAGAUGACCAGAUGGGUGCGCGGUAUUUGUGAGGCGAUUAGACCCCUGGACAACCUCUCAGUUGAAGGUCUCGUACGCCUAUGGGCUCACGAAGCGUUGCGCCUAUUCCAAGACAGACUUGUGGAUGACGUUGAGCGACAAUGGACAGAUGAAAAUAUCGAUACCGUCGCUAUGAGGUUCUUCCCAGGAAUAAACAGAGAACAAGCUCUUGAAAGACCAAUUCUGUACAGUAACUGGUUAAGCAAAGAUUAUAUACCUGUUCAAAGGGAUCAACUGCGCGAAUACGUUAAGGCUAGGUUGAAGGUGUUCUACGAAGAAGAGUUGGAUGUUCCACUAGUAUUGUUCGACGAGGUUCUGGAACACGUUUUGCGUAUCGACCGUAUCUUCCGCCAGCCGCAAGGACAUCUGCUGCUUAUCGGAGUGUCCGGUGCUGGUAAAACUACCCUCAGUCGUUUUGUCGCUUGGAUGAAUGGACUCAGCAUCUUCCAGAUUAAGGUCCAUAACAAAUACACCGGUGCCGACUUCGACGAAGACUUACGGUCAGUUCUGCGCAGAGCUGGAUGCCGCGACGAGAAAGUUGCCUUUAUCCUUGAUGAGUCUAAUGUUCUGGACAGCGGCUUCCUUGAGAGAAUGAACACGCUCCUUGCUAAUGGAGAAGUUCCUGGCUUGUUCGAAGGUGAUGAAUUUGCAGCUCUCAUGACUCAGUGCAAAGAGGGCGCGCAAAGGGAAGGACUUAUGUUGGACUCCAAUGAUGAGCUGUAUAAAUGGUUCACUGGCCAAGUCAUGCGCAAUUUGCACGUAGUAUUCACAAUGAAUCCAUCCUCCGAGGGUCUGAAGGACCGUGCGGCAACGUCGCCUGCGCUGUUCAACCGUUGUGUGCUCAACUGGUUCGGUGACUGGAGCGAUUCAGCUCUAUUCCAGGUCGGCAAAGAGUUCACGACCCGCAUGGACCUGGACUCCUCGGACUACGUGCCACCGGACUUAUUCCCGGCCGCGUGUGGUGAGAUCGGAGCACGACCAUCUCAGAGAGACGCGGUCGUCAACGCGUGCGUGUACGUGCACCAGACACUACACCGCGCUAACGCACGACUCGCGAAGAGAGCCAACCGCACUAUGGCUAUCACGCCCAGACAUUACCUAGACUUCAUCCAACAAAUGGUCAAACUUUACUCUGAGAAACGCGCGGACCUAGAGGAGCAGCAGUUGCAUCUCAACGUCGGUUUGGGAAAAAUCGCCGAGACUGUCGAACAAGUUGAAGAAAUGCAAAAGAGUCUUGCUGUUAAAUCACAAGAACUACAAGCUAAGAAUGAAGCCGCCAACGCAAAACUUAAACAAAUGGUUAAAGAUCAGCAAGAAGCCGAAAAGAAGAAAGUUGAAAGUCAAGAAAUUCAGGUCGCUUUAGAGAAACAAACCAAGGAAAUAGAAGAAAAACGUAAAGAUGUAAUGGCGGAUCUUGCUCAAGUGGAACCAGCUGUCAUUGAAGCGCAAAACGCCGUGAAGUCGAUAAAGAAGCAGCACCUAGUGGAGGUGCGCUCUAUGGGCAACCCGCCCGCCAUCGUCAAGGUGGCGCUCGAGUCCAUCUGCCUGCUGCUCGGCGAGAACGCGACCGACUGGAAGGCCAUCCGCGCGGUCAUCAUGCGCGAGAACUUCAUCAACAGCAUUGUCUCCAACUUUUCGACCGAGGAUAUCACUGACGAAGUUCGUGAAAAGAUGAAGACCAGAUAUUUGAGUAAUCCGGAUUAUAACUUCGAGAAAGUUAACAGAGCCAGUAUGGCUUGCGGUCCUAUGGUGAAAUGGGCCAUUGCACAGAUUGAAUACGCUGACAUGUUGAAACGUGUUGAGCCUUUGCGUAACGAGCUCCAAGCUUUGGAAGAUCAAGCUCAAACGAAUGUUAAAGCUGGCGAUGAAGUGCGCGAAUUAAUAGCGCAACUGGAGAAAUCUAUUGCAUCCUACAAGGAAGAAUAUGCUCAAUUGAUCAGUCAAGCACAAGCUAUAAAGACUGAUCUUGAAAAUGUCCAAGCGAAGGUGGACAGAUCAAUAGCUCUCUUGAAGAGUUUGGUAAUAGAGCGUGAGAGAUGGGAAUCUAGCUCGGAGACUUUCCGCUCUCAAAUGAGCACUAUCGUUGGUGAUGUGUUACUUUCCGCUGCGUUUAUUACAUAUGGCGGAUACUUCGAUCAACAUUACCGUCAAAAUCUCUUCUCCACUUGGACUGCUCAUUUAGCGGCGGCUAAUAUUAAAUACCGCCCAGAAAUUGCUCGUACGGAAUAUCUCAGUAACCCAGAUGAAAGGCUGCGUUGGCAGGCCAAUGCAUUGCCUACUGAUGAGCUGUGCGUUGAGAAUGCAAUCAUGUUGAAGCGCUUCAACCGCUACCCACUUAUUAUUGACCCGUCAGGUCAAGCUACAGAAUUCAUCAUGAGAGAAUUUAAAGAUCGCAAGAUUACAAAGACAUCAUUCCUUGAUGAUUCCUUCAGGAAGAACCUGGAAUCUGCAUUGCGUUUCGGUAACCCACUUUUGGUGCAGGAUGUAGAAAAUUACGAUCCAAUUUUGAAUCCGGUAUUGAAUCGCGAAUUACGUCGUACUGGCGGACGUGUGCUCAUUACGCUUGGAGAUCAAGAUAUUGAUUUGAGUCCUUCAUUUGUUAUAUUCCUAAGUACCAGAGAUCCAACUGUUGAAUUCCCACCGGACAUGUGCUCUCGUGUGACUUUCGUUAACUUUACUGUUACGCGAUCUUCAUUACAAUCACAGUGCUUGCAUCGUGUCCUGAAGGCAGAGCGACCCGAUAUUGAUACCAAACGUUCAGAUUUACUUAAAUUGCAAGGUGAAUUCCACUUACGGUUGAGACAGCUAGAAAAGUCACUUCUUCAAGCACUCAACGACGCUAAAGGCAAGAUUCUGGAUGACGAUUCGGUUAUCGCCACUCUAGAAACGCUAAAGAAAGAAGCAGAUGACAUUGGUCAGAAGGUGGAGGAAACCGACAAAGUUAUUGGAGAAAUUGAAACUGUUAGCCAACAAUACUUACCAUUGUCUCAAGCUUGCAGCAGUAUUUAUUUCACAAUGGAGUCGUUGCACCAAGUGCACUUCCUAUAUCAGUAUUCAUUGAAGAUGUUCUUGGAUAUAUUCAGUUCCGUCCUUAUUUCGCCCGGUCUCAAUGGACUUUCAGAUUACACAGCACGUCUGAAGAUUAUUACGGAUGAAUUGUUUAUUACUGUAUACGAGCGUGUAGCCCGCGGUAUGUUACACACAGAUAGGCUUACUUUCGCGCUGCUAUUAUGCCGCAUCCAACUGAAGGGUGCAGGUGCAGCGGAUACACUGGAGAAACAAUUUGCUGUGUUCCUCCGCGGCCGAGAGGGCUUCGUGUCUUCUGGUGCACAUCCACAACUGGAGGCACUCACCCCGCAACAACAGGAGGCUGCUGCGAGACUUAGUUCCAGAUUGGUGGCAUUCCGCAAACUGCUCGACAAGGCGCAAUCGUUACCCGAGCUAGGAGCAUGGCUGUCUCAAGCAGCGCCCGAGCAGUGCGUGCCCACACUGUGGGACGCGGAAGCUGCGUCACCGCCGCAACCGCACUCGCUGGCUAUGUACCGCUUGCUGCUUAUACAGGCGUUCAGACCGGACCGUGUGAUAGCAGCAGCCACACAGCUAGUGGCAUCAGUUUUAGGCCCAACGUUCAUGUCUCGCGCGGAAACUGAGAUGGAGCUCACGGCUCUCACUGAGAACGAGCUCAAUGCCACCACACCGGCAUUGCUAUGCUCUGUUCCUGGAUACGAUGCUAGCGGUCGUGUGGAUGAUAUGGCUACUGAACUUAAUAAGCCGCUGUCGAGUAUCGCUAUCGGUUCAGCUGAAGGUUUCAACCAAGCUGAACGAGCUAUUAACACCGCUUGUAAGACUGGCAGAUGGGUGAUGCUGAAGAACGUGCACUUAGCCCCAGUGUGGCUAGUACAACUCGAGAAGAAGCUACACUCGUUACAACCGCAUCCCAGCUUCCGACUGUUCCUCACAACGGAGAUCAGUCCCAAGUUACCUGUGAACCUUCUAAGGGCGUCGCGUGUGAUCGUCUUCGAGCCGCCGCCCGGUAUCCGUGCCAACUUGUUGAGAACUUUUGCUACGGUGCCAGCCGCACGUAUGAUGAAACCACCAUCGGAGCGCGCAAGACUGUACUUCUUAUUGGCUUGGUUCCACGGUAUUGUGCAAGAACGUCUGCGCUAUGUACCUCUCGGCUGGGCUAAGUAUUAUGAAUUCAAUGAAUCUGAUCUUCGUGUUGCUUGCGACACACUUGAUACAUGGAUCGAUGCUACUGCUAUGGGCCGUACCAAUCUUCCGCCAGAGAAAGUACCAUGGGAGGCCAUUGUUCGUCUCCUGUCCCAAUGUAUUUACGGAGGCAAGAUCGACAACGCAUUCGACCAGCGGCUGUUACACUCCUUCCUAACUAAGCUCUUCACGCCCAAGUCGUUUGAGGCUGACUUCGCUUUGGUCGCCAAUGUUGAUGGAGCAACCGGCAACCAGCGGCACAUUACAAUGCCGGAUGGCAACCGACGCGACCAAUUCUUCAAGUGGAUUGAAGAGCUCUCUGACCGACAAACACCCUCGUGGCUUGGAUUGCCUAAUAACGCUGAAAAGGUGCUACUGACAACACAAGGCAGUGACCUCGUGUCGAAACUGCUGAAAAUGCAGCAACUUGAAGAUGAAGAGGAGCUGGCAUACAAUGCAGCAAAUCAAGAUGAUCCACAUUCGAUUGUGGUAGAGGGCGAUGGACGACCAGCCUGGAUGAAAUCGCUUCACCAGACGGCCACCAACUGGUUGCAAGUGUUGCCGCAAGAACUGCCUACGCUCCGUCGUACAGUGGAGAACAUCAAGGACCCGCUGUACCGUUUCUUCGAGCGCGAGGUGGCGGCCGGCGCUGCUCUGUUGCAGCAAGUACUGCAUGACUUGAGAAACGUCAUCGCUAUCUGUCAGGGCGAGAUGAAGCAGACGAACGAGACGCGCGCGAUGGUGGGCUCGCUGGUGCGCGGCAUGCUGCCGGCGAGCUGGCGCCGCUACGCCGUGGCGCGCGGCUGCACCGUGCAGCAGUGGGUGGACGACUUCGCGCGCCGCGUGCUGCAGCUCGCCACCGUGUCGCAGACCGUGGCCGAGCGGGGCGCCAAGCGGCUGCAGAGUAUUCCCGUCUGGCUGGGCGGUCUGCUAAACCCUGAAGCGUACAUCACAGCAACUCGCCAAUGCGUUGCGCAAGCUAACUCCUGGUCACUUGAAGAGCUCAACCUACAGGUGACAAUCCCGGACCCGGGCGUGGAGAGCGAGAACGCGCAGACGGAGUGGUCGUUCAGCGUGACCGGGCUCAAGCUGCAGGGCGCCACUGUCAAGGGCAACCGCCUGCUGCUCACCAACACCAUCAUGGUCGACCUGCCGCUCACCGUGCUCACUUGGAUACGUGGAGCGGAACCAGCAAGCGGUGGGCAGACUCUAACUCUGCCGGUGUAUUUGAACAGCGCUCGUUCGGAACUAUUGUUCACGGUGCGCCUCAACAUCGCGCCCGGACAAGAACCGCACGCAUUCUACGAACGUGGUGUCGCACUACUUACGUCUACUGCAUUGAACUAAAUAUCUACCAACAUGGACUAAGGAUUCUUGCGCACAAAAAAUGUUGACAAGUUAAAGUAACUCGUAAUGUUCAUUCAUUUUGAUGUGUUUGUACACAUUAUUAUGAAAUCGUAUUGGUUGUUAGUUAACAUCCAUAUGCGUAAAAGGCGAAGUCCAUUUGUUGUUUAUUCAAGAGCCCAAAACGCAGCUUAAUUUUGUUAUUAUUAUAAUAUUGUUAUCCUGUCUGUUUUUAUUUGAA